AUGGCGGCCCACGACAUUUCAGCACAUGGACUGAUUCAAACGGCGAGAGAUGGGCUAUCUGAAUUAACCUGGACCACUACCUUCGCGGUUUUCGUGUUCUCAUGCAUCGCAACCCGCGUCAUCUCGGGGCUACAGAGUCGCCAGCGUGUCCAAGAUCCCGCAGAACCUCGAACUUCAAGAUUAGCACCUUACUGGUUCCCAUGGGUAGGCCAUGGCAUUUCAUUCCUCUGGAAUCACGUGGGUCUUAUUGGGUCAUUACGAGACUCUAUGGCCGAGUCUGUAUUCGGCGUCUACUUGCGCGGUGAAACUCACGAUACUGUGGUCUCACCAUCAAUGAUGAAAACUAUUCUUUCUUCGCCGGAUGCGUCCAGUGGCCCUCUACUCGAUCAGGCCCUCCAAAACGUAUUUGGCGAUCGCAGCCUCAUGCGCAACUUGCGUCUAGCCCGUCACCAGGAAGUCAGUGAUGACGUAUCUGGAAUCAUGAGUAGAGAGCCAUUCAUCAGCGAUGUAUCGACCACAAUCAUCAAAAUGCUGCAGCGCAACGUCCCAAACUUGGUCAGCUUCAGCCGAAGCCCAGUUGACCAAUUCCAAUGGGAACGUGAUGGCCACGUAUCCGCGUCCGAGGAAAACCAGUCAACCUGUGAGGCAAGGCUCUUCGAGCUCAUCAGGGGGUUUGUGGGCCAUAAUUUGAGCACGUUCUUGAUGGGCGAGGCUUUUGUCGAGAACUUCCCUCUCUUCCUCACUGAUCUAUGGACGCUGGACAAGAAUUUUGUCCCACUGUUUAUCGGACUUCGUCGAUGGGUGCCUACUACCCCGAGUAUUUCCGCGGGAUUCGCCGCGCGCGAUCGACUCCUUCAUACCAUGUCAGUCUUCUACCGGGCAUUCAGUGCCUGGGACGACGGGAUCGAUCCCGGCAUCGAGCUCCGCGAGCUGGAAGACGUAUCGGAUCUGGUAAAGGAGCGCAUGAGAACGUUCCGCAAAUUGGAACUCUCUCCCGGCGCUAGCGCAGCAGGGCAGCUAUCACUAUACUGGGACGUGAUUGAAUACACCUCCAAGAUUACAUUCUGGACAAUCACCCACAUCUUCGCGGACAACGAGCUCCUCAAAGAAAUCAGAAAGGAGAUCUCUGCCUGCGUAAAGUCAUCUCGACGAAGCCGCCAAGAGACGGGCUUCCCAUUCGAGGAACCACCCAGGUUGGACAUGGAUCUUGACAAAGUGCUGGACUCAUGCCCGCUUCUCAAGGCAUGCUACUACGAAUCCAUCCGCCUGCACUCCGCAGGCAUUUCAUUCAGAAAACUUGAAUCAGACAUGACCCUCACCGAGUCCGUGGAAGAUGCGACUCAACCGCGCACAUAUAAGCUCCGCAAGGGUGAGAAGGUCAUUAUGCCACAUGGUGUCUACAUCAAUGACCCACAGCGAUUCUCGAACCCAGAUCAGUAUGAUCCGCUCCGGUUUAUUGUGACGGACCCCGUAUCGGGUGCCAAGCAGGCUAGUGCUGCUAGCCUUGCACCGUUUGCAGAUGGCCUGUACGGAUCCAAGAAUAACGCUCUUACUGAGCGGGCUAUUCUAGCGUUUACGGCAAGUAUUGUGUCAAUGUGGGAUAUCACUUCUGCCGAUGAAAGUGACCUGGUGGUCCCCAAGAAUUGGACAACAUUGGGAACUUUCCAGCCUGCGAAGGAUGUGAAGGUGAAAAUGAACUUGAGAGUGUAA